CCCAUAUGACCAGGACCUACAUAAUAUACACAAAAUGGGCUCCUUAAGAGCCUUUUUCGAUAUUGGUAUAGGUGCCAAUCUUAGUGGUCGUGUAGUAUUUGAUUUUUUUGACGACAGUGGCGAGCGCGUGUUGGAGAACUUCCAAUCUCUCUGCACUGGGAGUGUAACUGGGCUCAUUCGUGGCAAGCGCAAGUCGCUGAGUUACACUGGAUGCCGUGUAUAUUCCGUUGUUCCGGGUAGUCACCUCGAGUGUGGUGACUUUGAGUUUAACAAUGGCGAAGGUGGCUCGAGUGUCUUUGGCGGAUUCUUCCGUGAACCUGCAAAUACACGUCGCCACUCUCACGCGGGUCUCUUGUCAUUAAAGCGCAUGGGUACCAAUGGUUUCGGAUCUCAAUUUUACAUAACUUUCGGUCGGAAUCACCAGCUAGACAAUCAGCAUCACUAUGUAUUCGGUCGAGUUGUAGAGGGUAUGGAGUUUGUGCGUGCUGUUGAGUACGUAUCGACUGAUGCUCGUAAUGUACCUCGUGUUGAGAUUGGCAUUUUGCGCUCUGGUCUUUUGGAGUACAUUCCGCGUCAGGUCGACCACAUGUCGCGCCAGCGUGACUUGGUGAACAACUUGAUGGAGAGUCUGGCUCCAGGUGAUGAAUCCGACGAUUCCGACACUGGAUCUGUUGAGGAGAUUCGUUGCUUAUACACGGGUAAAGUCAUCCGGAAGCGUACACUCCGAGCUGAUUCCGCUGCUGCCAUUGGCAAGCAGUACCUUGCGGACGCCCUUGGCGGCAAGAGUAUCCACUUAAUCCCGGAGUACGACGGUGACAGUGAAUAUCGAUACUACACUGACACCGUUGAGGCGCCUUCGGAGAAGCCUGUUGAGGCAGUAACAGAAGCGCCGGUACCUGAAUCGGACACUUCAGAGUCAGUAUCUAGUGAGGACGAGGGCGACGACCCCUUGUCCAUGAGGCUUCGCUCGUUGGGCAAUAAACUUGAUGAGUGCUCACGUUUAAAUCAUGAUGCCGUAGCCGUUGAGUACGAGCUUGGUGGUGACCCUAAGCGUAUAAACGAGCAUUACAAGGACAUGCUUGGUCUACGUGAGGAUAAUUCAUCGGUCAACUAUAAUCGCAACCCUGGUCUGAACAAGGCCGCUAUCGCAGUAGAGAAGCAGCACGAGCGCGACUUAAAGAAGGAGAAGGGUAAAUCCUUCGGCUGGAAUGUAUUUAACCAAGAUGCUCUUUACCGUGCACACAAGAAAAGGCUCAAGGAAACUGCAUUUAACCGUGAGGAGUACGAGUUACAGAAGGCACAGAUGGGCGAUUUGUUCUACCAGCCGUGUCUGAGUACCACUGAAACUACGGAAGCCGCUAAGCUAGCUGUGGUACACAAUUUAGAGAAGCAGUACAAGCAACGUGAGAAGUUCAGUCGUCGCCGUGCUUUUGAGGAUGACGCCAAGGACGUUUCCUACAUUAACCAGCGCAAUCGUGUAUUUAACCAGAAACUAGACCGAGCUUUCAAGGACCAUUCCGCUGAGAUCAAGGGCAAUUUGGAGCGUGGCACUGCCUUGUGAAGAAUACACACAAAUGUGAGGUCUUACAUUCACUUGUUUC